AUGUCGCUGCUCCGGCUCUCGGCCCUUGCUGCCCCCAUGGUGCCCGGCCUUCGGGCCCGCCUCGCUGCGGGCACCCGCUCGAUGAGCGCCCUCGUGCCGAUGGUGGUCGAUCAGACGCCUCGCGGCGAGCGCGCCUUCGACAUCUACUCGCGCCUCCUGCAGGAGCGCAUCAUCAUGCUGACCGGCGAGGUGAAUGACGCCGUGGCCUCGGUGGUGGUGGCGCAGAUGCUUUACCUGGAGUCCGACGCGCCCGAGCGCCCCAUCCAUCUGUACAUCAACAGCCCCGGCGGGUCGGUCAGCGCCGGCAUGGCCAUCUACGACACGAUGCAGUUCAUCCGGUCGCCGGUGCACACCCUCUGCAUGGGCCAGGCCUGCUCCAUGGGGUCACUGCUGCUGGCGGCCGGCGAGCCGGGCGCGCGGGAAUGCCUGCCCCAUGCGCGUGUCAUGCUGCACCAGCCGCAGGGCGCGGCCUCCGGGUCGGCGGCCGAUGUGGCCAUCGCCGCGCGCGAGGCCCUCCACUGGCGCUGGCGCAUCGCCGCCCUGUAUGGGACCCACUGCCGGCGGAAUCCGGCCGACGUGGACCGCGUCCUGGACCGCGACACCUACCUGGAUGCGGAGGACGCCGUGCUCAUGGGGCUGGUGGACCGGGUGGUGACGCGGCGGGCGGCAGCCGACUCGGCCGCGGCCCCCGGGCCCGGCGUCGAUGUCCUUGGCCCGAUGAUUCCGCCGGGUGCCGGCAAGAAGGAGGCCGCGCCGGCCGGCCAGCCGGCCGCUCAGCCGGCCCCCGCGACCGUGGCUCCGACCCCCCAGCCGGACCUGUGAUGCCCGGGCCUGGGGCCGCGCCGGCCCCCGCGGCAGGCAGGGCCCGGACACCGACCCGGAGGUGAGGCGCCCGACCGGCGCCCGAGCGGGAAUCCCCACCGAGCCGGCGAGAGAGGGGGGCGCGGGCAGAUCGCGGGCACGCGGUCC